AUGCAUGAAGAGAUCAAGCUCAUCGCGCCCAACAGAGAUAGGUCAGUUGGACGCGACAUGACUACGGCUACAUGCGAAAUAUGCAAGGAGCAUGCACACAAGUACAAGUGUCCCAAGUGCUCGAAAAAAACGUGCUCUGUAGCGUGUAUCAAGGAGCAUAAGAGCCGCGACAGUUGCAGUGGUACUUCAGCGGAGCCCACUGGCUAUGUGUCUCGCGAGAAGCUCAAGGCCGCUGACACAUCAGAAGAAACGAACGUGAUGGUACAGCGUGACUAUAACUUUCUUUUGGGCAUGAACAGGCAGCUGGAACUGCUUAAGCGAGAUGGGAAAGUGAAAAACAAGCGUGUUCUGGGCACUCACCAUCGUAGCCAGCCCCAGCAGAAGUGGCCACGCUUGGAGCAGCCAUCAAAAGUCAUACGGCGUGGUGUGUACUGUAUCCUUGUACCGCGGGGGAUGCAGCGCUCGUUGCUGAACAAAAGCAAGUGGGACAAGCCGCUGGAUAUGUUCGUGUGGUCGAUUGAAUGGUGCUUGUUCUCAGAGGAGGGAAAGAUAGAGUUCGUCCAUACCAACCACCGCAACAAGGAGACUGAUCCACUUUUAGAGUGCGUCGGCAAGGCUGUGUACGAGCAGUGCGUCAGGCUCUACCAACUCGAGGCUCUCCCAGAUGACUGCACGAGGCAAGCGCGGAUAGACUCCUUGAGCGCUGGGGGGCUAGAAUUCUUCAUGAAGCAUUUGCCGCAGGAUCAACAGAACUUCGCAGACUCCAAACAGCUCAUUCCUGUGGAUCCUGCAAAAAGUUUAGGAGAAACUUUCAGAGACAAAACAGUGAUUGAAUACCCUACAAUAUUCAUUGCUAAGAACAGGCAGCAUCUUGGAGAUGGGUACAGCCUUUUCGGUUCCAAGUCCGAAGAUCCCUCCUCAACUGAUGAUUCUGAGGAUACCAGUUCAGAUGCUGCUAGUACAUCAAGCAGUUCUUCAGACAGUGAUGACGAAGAACCUCAAGAGGCGUCAAGCAAACAACCGACGUCAUCAAAUCUUGUUGAGAGUUCUAAGGAGGAUGCCGACGAAGAUGAUGAUGAAGACGAUUAUACCCCAGGUAUUUCUUUAGACUUCCUGGUAGAGUGA